AUGUCAGUCAAGUUCGAGAAGGAGACGAAGGAGACGCUGCAGAAGGGCGUCGACAAGGUCAACGAGAUCAUGCACCCCGAGAAGCCUCUGCCCGGCACCAGCGGAAAGCACCCCCUCACCGAGGCUCUCGGCACUGCCAUCACCGGCGGCAAGAAGAAUGCAGGCACCAAGGGCUACCUCGCGGCCUACAUUAAGCAGCUCGAGGAGAACCCGCUGCGCACCAAGAUGCUCACGGCCGGUACCCUCGCUGGCGCUCAGGAGCUGAUCGCAUCCUUCCUCGCCAAGGAUCGCAACAAGCAUGGCAACUACUUCACCUCGCGUGUCCCCAAGAUGGCCGCGUACGGCGCCAUUGUCAGCGCGCCCCUCGGCCACUUCCUCAUCUGGGCCCUCCAGAAGACCUUCGCUGGCCGCACCAGCUUGCGGUCCAAGGUCCUGCAGAUUAUCGUCAGCAACCUGAUUAUUGCGCCCAUCCAAAACUCCGUUUACUUGGUUGCGAUGGCCCUGAUUGCCGGCGCCAAGACGUACCACCAGGUCCGCGCUACCGUCAAGGUCGGCUUCUGGAAGGUCAUGAAGGUCAGCUGGGUCACCUCCCCGCUGUGCCUCGCCUUCGCCCAGAAGUUCCUCCCUGAUCAACUCUGGGUUCCCUUCUUCAACCUGGUUGCCUUCAUCAUUGGCACCUACAUCAACACCAUCACCAAGAAGAAGCGUCUCGCAGCCCUGCGCAAGAAGCACUUCGGCGACGGCCGCUCUCCCUCCAUGGGCGGCCGCCCCGAGGACUACCCUCCUCCUCAUGGAGGACCUCACGGAGGACCCCACGGCGGUCCUCACGGCGGUCCUCACCCCGGCCCCAUGGGCGGCCCCAACCCUCCUUACUAA